GGCCCAAAACCAGCUUCACCAUUUGCGAAGAAGAAGAAGCAAGCACAGCGCUCUGAAUCGUUCCGACAGAAACCCUAACCAAAUCCCGCGGCGGUGCGAUCUAAAUCUCCGGAUACCAAUGGCCAAUCUCCGAGGACUCCUAACAAACGUAUCUUCCUACUGCCAACGCUCCUUCUCCCAAAUCAAAUCCCCGAACUAUCUCAAUCAAAUCCAAACCAGACAAAUCUCGACGACGUCGAAGCACAGCGGCACGGAGCAAGGAGUGAAGCGAAACAGCGCCGAUCACAGGCGCAGGCUGCUCGCGGCGAGGUUCGAGCUGAGGAGGAAGCUCUACAAGGCGUUCUGCAAAGAUCCGGAGCUCCCUAGCGAAAUGAGGGAGAAGAAUCGUUACAAGCUGUCGAAGUUGCCGAGGAACAGUGCGUUCACGAGGAUAAGGAAUCGGUGUGUGUUCACUGGUCGGUCUAGGUCCGUGACGGAGCUGUUUCGGAUGUCUCGGAUCUGUUUCCGUGGGUUGGCUAAUAAAGGUGAAUUGAUGGGUAUAAAGAAGUCGUCUUGGUAGUGGCAUGUGACCGAACCACAAGUAAGUCAGCAAGGAAUCAAAAGCUGUUGUUUAUGUUGGUGUAAUCCAUUACAGAACUUAGUUUGGUUAUAACACAAAGUGCUGCUCUUUUGUUUAUGAUCUCGUUCAGGAUUAUGAAGUUAUUCUUUGCUAGCAAUUCUCUUUGAAUAAGAUAAAAACCAUGACAUACUUUUCA